AUGGAGCUGUGGCGCCAGUGCAGUCACUGGCUCAUCCAGUGCCGCGUGCUGCCGCCCAGCCACCGCGUGACCUGGGAUGGGGCGCAGGUGUGCGAGCUGGCCCAGGCCCUCCGGGACGGAGUCCUCCUCUGCCAGCUGCUCAACAACCUGCUGCCCCAUGCCAUCAACCUGCGCGAGGUCAACCUGCGCCCCCAGAUGUCCCAGUUCUUGUGCCUUAAGAAUAUACGCACCUUCUUAUCCACCUGCUAUGAGAAGUUUGGCCUCAAGCGGAGCGACCUCUUUGAGGCCUUUGACCUCUUCGAUGUGCAGGAUUUCGGGAAGGUCAUCUACACCCUGUCUGCUCUGUCCUGGACCCCGAUUGCCCAGAACCGGGGUAUCGUGCCCUUCCCCACCGAGGAGGAGAAUGUGGGUGACGAGGACAUCUACAGUGGCCUGUCCGACCAGAUUGACGACACGGUGGAGGAGGACGAGGACCUGUACGACUGUGUGGAGAACGAGGAGGCCGAGGGCGAUGAGAUCUACGAGGAUCUGAUGCGCUCGGAGCCCGUGGCCAUGCCGCCCAAGAUGACGGAGUAUGACAAGCGUUGCUGCUGCCUGCGUGAGAUUCAGCAGACGGAGGACAAGUACACGGACACGCUGGGCUCCAUCCAGCAGCAUUUCAUGAAGCCCCUGCAGAGGUUCCUUAGAUCCCAAGACAUCGAGAUCAUCUUCAUCAACAUUGAGGACCUGCUUCGAGUGCACACGCUUUUCCUGAAGGAGAUGAAGGAAGCCCUGGCCGCUUCCAGCGCUCCCAACCUCUACCAAGUCUUUCUCAAGUACAAGGAGAGAUUUCUCAUCUACGGCCACUACUGCAGCCAGGUGGAGUCCGCCAGCAAGCACCUGGACAGCGUGGCCUCCGCCCGCGAGGAUGUGCAGAUGAAGCUGGAGGAGUGUUCUCAGCGAGCAAACAACGGAAGGUUCACCUUGCGGGACCUGCUGAUGGUGCCCAUGCAGCGAGUACUCAAGUACCACCUCCUCCUCCAGGAGCUGGUGAAGCACACGCAGGAUGCAACAGAAAAGGAGAACCUGAAGCUCGCCCUGGAUGCCAUGCGGGACCUAGCACAGUACGUGAACGAGGUGAAGCGAGACAACGAGACGAUGCGGCAGAUCACCAACUUCCAACUGUCCAUAGAGAAUCUGGGCCAGUCUCUGGCACAGUAUGGUCGACCCAAGAUCGAUGGGGAGCUCAAGAUUACGUCCACAGAACGGCACUCCAAGAUGGACAGGUACGCCUUCCUGCUGGACAAAGCCCUGCUCAUCUGUAAGCGCCGCGGGGACUCCUACGAGCUCAAGGACUUUGUGAACCUGCACAACUUCCAGGUUCGGGACGACUCCUCGGGAGAGCGAGACAACAAGAAGUGGACCCACAUGUUUCUCCUGAUUGAGGACCAAGGCGUCCAGGGCUACGAGCUUUUCUUCAAGACACGGGAGCUGAAGAAGAAGUGGAUGGAGCAGUUUGAGAUGGCCAUCUCCAACAUCUACCCUGACAAUGCCGCUGCCAAUGGACAUGACUUCCAGAUGUUCUCCUUCGAGGAGACCACUUCCUGCUCAGCCUGCCAGAUGUUGCUGAGAGGCACCUUCUAUCAAGGAUACCGCUGCCAUCGAUGUCGGGCCCCUGCACAUAAGGAGUGUCUGGGGAGAGUCCCUCUGUGUGGUCGACAUGGACAUGAUUUUGCAGGAGCCACAAGGAAGGAUAAACCACACCGAAGGGCUCAAGACAAAAAAAAGAACGAUCUGGGUCUACCCAAGAUGGAAGUGUGUCAGGAGUACUAUGGACUGCCUCCACCUCCCAGAGCAUUUGGAUCUUUCCUACGACUCAACUCUGGAGACAUUGUGGAGCUCACCAAAGCGGAGGCUGAGCAGAACUGGUGGGAGGGCCGGAAUACCGCCACCAAUGAAGUUGGCUGGUUUCCCUGUGACAGGGUCAAGCCCUAUGUCCAUGGCCCCCCUCAGGACCUGUCAGUGCAUAUCUGGUACGCUGGCCCCAUGGAGCGUGCUGAGGCCGAGAGCAUCCUCACUGACCGCUCGGAUGGAACCUUCUUGGUUCGGCAGAGGGUGAAGGACGCAGCAGAAUUUGCCAUCAGCAUUAAGUUUAAUGUUGAGGUCAAGCACAUUAAAAUAAUGACAUCAGAAGGGCUCUAUCGGAUCACAGAGAAGAAGGCCUUCCGAGGGCUUGUGGAACUGGUGGAGUUUUAUCAGCAGAACUCCCUGAAGGAUUGCUUUAAGUCACUGGACACCACCUUGCAGUUCCCUUUUAAGGAGCCUGAGAGGAGAGCCAUCAGCAAACCACCAGCUGGAAGCAUCAAAUAUUUUGGCACAGCCAAGGCCCGCUAUGACUUCUGUGCCCGGGAUCGAUCAGAGCUGUCCCUCAAGGAGGGUGACAUCAUCAAGAUCCUUAACAAGAAGGGACAGCAAGGCUGGUGGCGAGGAGAGAUCUAUGGCCGGAUUGGCUGGUUCCCCUCCAACUAUGUGGAGGAAGAUUACUCGGAAUACUGCUGA